UUCCAUCGGGACAGAAACUCCGUCAGCGGACGCCGGAAAGUUACGGAGCAGAGGAGGAAUAUCUCUGAAAACUCUCAAUGCGGGACAACAUGACAUACACUUUUGUAGCUUUAUGACAACUUUUUAAAGACUUUGAAAUACUUUUUUAACAAGGCCGAAACUACUUUUACCAAAGAAAAGAAAAAGAACAGGCCUAACCAAAGAAGUUCCAACAAUUUCCAGGAUUUUCAUCGGCCAUUUUUAGUCGAGUAUUUUAAUAAGAUUUUCGGGGUUUGUUUGUUUUUAUACCCGACAAAAUGAGCAGUAACCCUCUCCAGCCGUUACCGGGACAGCAGGUGAUCCAUGUCGCCAAAGACCUUGACACGGAUCUGGAGGCUCUUUUUAACUCCGUCAUGAACCCGAAACCCAGCUCCUGGAGGAACAAACAUCUGCCCGAGUCGUUUUUUAAGGAGCCGGACUCGGGCUCCCACUCUCGGCAGUCCAGCACGGACUCCGGCAGCCACCCGCCGCGCUCCCAGGCGGUGCAUGUCCGCUCGCAUUCGUCCCCGGCGUCGCUGCAGUUGCCCGCGGGCGCCCUGGGCGCACCGAACCCCGCUCGCCUUCACUCGCACGUCCGACACCAGUCGUUCGAUGUGGCCGAAGAGCUGCCGCUGCCGCCGGGCUGGGAGAUGGCGUACACCGCCAACGGACAGAAGUACUUUCUCAAUCACAUUGAGAAGAUCACCACAUGGCACGACCCCAGGAAGACCAUGACGCCUUCGGUGACCCAGAUGAGUCUGCACAAUCAAGCCUCUAACAACGGCAACAUACAGCAGCGCUCCAUGGCCCUCUCUCAACCCAACCUCGGACAGUUGCCCGAGGGUUGGGAGCAGGCCGUCACCCCUCAGGGAGAAACAUACUUCAUUGACCACAAAACCCAAAGCACCUCAUGGCUGGACCCGCGGGUGGUGCUGAACCAGCAGGCCCAUCAGCAGCACCUUCAGCAGCAGCAGCAGCAGCAGCAACAGCAGCAGCAGGUCCCGGUUCAGGCGCAGGUUCAGGUCCAGAGCUCCCCGCAGCAGAACUCUCAGCCUAUGAUGAACAUGAGCGGACCCAUGAGCGCCCAGCAGCACCAGCAGAAGAUGAGACUCCAGCGCAUCCAGAUGGAGCGAGAACGCAUCCAGAGGAGACAGGAGGAGCUCUUGAGACAGGAGGUGGCGCUCCGGCAGCUGCCCAUGGACUCUGAUAAUAUGGCACCGGUGGCAGCGAACAUCAGCUCUCCGCCAAUGACGCAGGGCAACAUGCCCAACAACAGCUCAGACCCCUUCCUCAACAGUGGGCCGUAUCAUUCGCGGGAGCAGAGCACGGACAGCGGGCUGGGACUGGGCUGCUACAGCAUCCCCACCACUCCUGAGGACUUCCUGAACAGCAUGGAGGAGAUGGACACAGGUGAGAACAUGGUGCCGGUCAGUAUGAACGUACCCCAGCAGAGCCGUUUCCCAGACUUCCUGGACUCCAUGCCCGGCACCAACGUGGACUUGGGCACCCUGGAGGGCGCCGACCUCAUGCCCAUCCUCAACGACGUGGAGUCGGUCCUGAACAAGAGCGAACCCUUCCUGACCUGGCUCUAGACGCCCACACACGAGACUAAAGACUCUUUUAUAUAAAUAUAUAUAUUAUAUUAUAUAUUCAAUCAGCCUCUUCCUCUAGUUUCACUUUUUUAGGUGUCAGAUUUGUUCCCCAACACAACGAGUCGAAGAACAAUACCAAAGUGUUUAGCCUGCGAACAAAUAAGCGAGCACGUGUCAAUCAAACCGUAGUGGAGGAAGACAAACGUGUUUGUUUAGUAACUGAUGUUGGGUAGAUUUGAUUCUUACUGUGUUUGUGUCAGAAUGAUCACAUUGAUAGCGGAAACGCCUGAAUAGUGUCUGAUCAUGUUUAACAGGCACGCUUGUGUGUUAAUACAUUUAACCCAGAGAGAGAGUCGAGCUUUACCGGGUGAAUCUCACCAAACCUGUCAACAACGUGUGGAAGCUUAUUUCUGCCACAGAAUGAAAUGAUAAAAAGGUCAAAAAGGUCGACUUUAUUUAUAAAAAACAAAUAAUUUCUCGAGCAUAUGUUUUGCAAUUCUACACAUGGUCAGGUGUCAAAAAAUUCAGAAACACGUAUUUGCAAGAUGUAAAUGAGAGUUCAGAGAAAAAAUUGAAACCUGCAAUUGUAAAAAAAAAAAAAAGACAAGAAAAA